AAAACCCGGCUCGUCCCCAUCACUGCGCGGGUCGAAGUUCGCGCGUGCGGUCGCGUGGCUCCGUACCGUUACUGUACAUACCAUGGUUACGUUCAUUCUCGUGUAACGUCUCGCAGCACUGAGGGUUACACGUGUUUGCUGCUGGCUUUUACGCACGCCGCAUCGCGAUAUCCGUCGUAACACUCGUAGCUCGUAGAGCAACAACUCGCGUACGUCCAAACCGAUGUUUUGCCCCCACGAGCCUUAGGCACGUCAAUCAAUCCCGGAAGGGAGAGAAUCGUCUCUGUAUUACGUAAAUCGCGGUAUAUUAAGCGGUACAGAGUCCUCGUUGCGACGUCAAUUGACAACGGGAACUCGUCCGCCGCGAUUACCCCCGAGUAUCUUUAACCUACAAGGGGUCGAAGAUGUGCUGGAAAAGCGGGGGCGAGGAGGAAUAUUAGCACGGGGAACGGCUGCCGAGAUUCCAGGGGUAGGAUGGUCUUGCAAAAGAUCAGCUAUGACUUGGUCAAAGGUUUCCGACAUGUGCACGCCAGGACGAGCGAGUCUCGCGGCAACAAAAGCUUCCAUCGGCUGUACAUGGCACUGCCGCGGCUCACGCCGCAGGAGGUCACGAACGUCCUGCAGGCCAACGAGUACACCAAAGAAUUCUCAGGCUUGGGUUCUGUGAAGUAUUACGACUCCAAUCAAUUAGCGUCCAAUAAUCCCAUAGAAGACACGAGAUCCGAGGCUCAAUGUUUGCUGACUAAAGGUAUGUUGUUGGGAGUCUUCGACGGUCACGGCGGUGGUGCCUGUGCGCAAGUGGUAUCAAAGAGACUGUUUCAUUAUAUAUCCGCCUGCCUGCUGCCGCCGAAAUUGCUGGAGCAAUACUUGAAUUCCCUCGGCACUGACAAGAAAUUGAAUCUGCUCGAGACAUUCAACGAUAAAGUAGAAUUUGUAACCGAGAUCAGGGAGCUCUAUCAAACGAGCUUCUUGAGCUUCCUGCGAGACUUGGUGCAGUCGGAUAUCAAGAAGGAAUUUCAAAUGGAAAAGGCGUUGGAAAGCGCGUUUCUCCGACUGGACAACGACCUGUCAAACGAAGCUCUGUUGCAACUGAAUAAGAAAGAUGCCGCGAGGACCCUCGCCGUCGCGAUGUCAGGCACGGUGGCCGCUGUGGCGCACGUAGACGGCCCCCAUCUCCACGUCGCCGGUGUCGGCGACUGCAAGGUCGUCUUGGGAAUACUCUCAGAGAACGACGGAUGGUCGGCGAAAAUGAUGACGGUAGAGCACAACGCGGACAAUCGUGCGGAAGCGGAGAGAAUCUUGUCAGAGCAUCCGCCGAACGAGAGGUCGACUGUGAUCAAGAUGGAAAGGUUGCUCGGGCAAUUGGCGCCGCUUCGCUCGUUGGGCGACUUUCGCUAUAAGUGGAGCAAAAGCGUAAUGAAGAGAGUCGUGGUGCCAUUUCUCGGCGAGACGGCGAUUCCACCCAACUACCAUACGCCGCCCUAUCUAACGGCCAAUCCGGAGGUGAGGUACCACAGGCUGACGCCGAGGGACAAGUUCCUCAUAUUGGCCAGUGACGGACUGUGGGACCUGAUCUCGCCGUUGCAGGCCGUGCGCUUGGUCGGGGAGCACAUGAGCGGCAAGGUCACGCUCAACCCGCUGCGAUUACCCCGUAAAAAUAUGAAGUUGUCCGAUAUAAACGAGAUGCUGCUGCAGCGCAAGGAGGGCCUGAAGAAGAAGCCCCUCGAUGGCAACGCGGCGACGCACCUGCUGAGGAACGCCCUGGGCGGCACGGAGUACGGGAUAGAUCACGCGAAGCUGUCGCAACUGCUGACCCUGCCGAGCGAGGUGGUGCGGAUAUUCCGCGACGACAUCACCAUCACGGUCGUUUACAUGGAUUCGGAGUUUCUAAGACACUGCCCCCCCUAAAUGCUGUCGCAAUUUCUCACUGUUUUUCAAUACUGGUGCGUGUAUCAGUAUACAGCUUGUUAUUUAUUUAGUUAACAAUAAAAACAAUUUACAUGAAAA